AUGCCUGGCAAGAUUCGCACCGCCCAGACGGUGUCCUUUGACGUCCCAGCCGGAGAGCAGCGCGGCCUACACAACCGCUGGCACCCAGACAUACCCUCGGUCGGCUCCAUCAAGCGCGGCGAGACCGUCAAAAUCGAAUGUCUGGACUGGACCGGCGGCCAGAUUGGAAACAACGACAGCGCAGACGACGUCCGCAACGUCGACCUCACCAGGGUCCACUACCUCACAGGGCCUUUUGACAUCGAGGGCGCCGAGCCGGGCGACCUCCUCGUCGUCAACAUCACCGACAUCCAGCCCUUCGACCACUCCCCCUGGGGCUUCACCGGCAUCUUUGACAGGAACAACGGCGGCGGGUUCCUCGACAGACACUACCCGCGCGCGGCAAAGGCCAUCUGGGACUUUGACGGCAUCUACUGCUCCAGUCGCCACAUCCCGGGCGUGCGCUUCGCCGGCCUCAUCCACCCGGGCAUCCUCGGCUGCGCGCCGUCCGCGCAAGUCCUGGCCGAGUGGAAUCGGCGCGAGGGCGAGCUGAUCUCGGUCUGCGCGCAGUCCAUGCCCGGCCAGGUCGUUGCCCAGCCGCCAAACGAGACGAAUGCGCACGCGGGCAACGCUGACGGGGACCUCCGGGCGAGGAUUGCCCGGGAGGGCGCGCGGACGAUCCCUGGCCGGCCGGAACACGGCGGCAACGUCGACAUCAACAACAUCUCGAGGGGAUCCACGACGUAUCUUCCCGUCCACCUGCCCGGAGCCAAGUUUUCAGUGGGGGACCUUCACUUUUCGCAGGGAGACGGCGAGAUAAGCUUUUGCGGGGCCAUCGAAAUGGCUGGCAUCAUCACCGUCAAGUUCGACCUUGUCAAGAACGGAAUGAAGGAACGCGCGAUAACCAGCCCUGUUUUCAAACCAGGCGAUGUGCAGCAGCUCUUUGGACCGUCGCGAUACCUGACUUUCGAGGGGUUCUCGGUCGAUGAGUCGGGGAAGCAGCACUUCAUGGACGCCACUGUUGCGUAUCGCCAGGCAUGUCUCCGCGCUAUCGAGUAUCUCAAGCAAUUUGGCUACUCCGGAGAGCAGGCAUAUCUGCUUCUGUCGUGCGCGCCAAUCAAGGGAUCCAUUGCUGGAAUUGUCGAUGUGCCAAAUGCCUGUACGACCCUGGGUCUUCCUAUGGAUGUGUUUGAGUUUGACAUAUCCGUUGAAGCUGCCCGGGUCAAGCGGGACCUUGGGACUUGUCCUGUGGCCGCCGAGUAG